AAAUGAACACCCGUUUUAUUUAAAAAUUUUGGCAAUGACUUCAACAAAGAGAAUCCCAAGAUUGCACUCUUCUAAUCCCUCCUAGCCUGAACCACUUUUCCAUGGCUCUCAAUAUCCAAAAUAGUCCAAAAAAGAAACAACCCAAAAAAUUUAAAAUAAGUUGGUUUCUAUCUUGCUUUGGAUUUAACAACCAACAAAAGGGCAAAGCAAAAACAGUUCCAGUUGGAGCUGAGAAGUUGAACACAAGUAGAGAAAUUCAUGUACUGAAGUCGGAGAAGAAGGCUGCUGCAACUACAGUUUACGUGCCUGAUCAGGUUCCGGUUACCGCUGAAGCCAUCCAUUUUAACAAGGCCAAGUGCAAUAAGCAUGAGGACAUCAUCCCCGAGCAGAGCAAAAAGAUUGAUCACUUGCAACAUUCGUCGUGCCAAAAGGGGUUAUUGAGAAGCUUUACUAUUGCAAAUAGUAUCAAAAGGGGUUCACCAGAAGACAAGCAUGAGAUCAGCCGAACAGUUUCUCUGCCACCACCAACAAAGCGAAACAAGCAACCAGUAUUUGCAACCAACAAAAUUGAUGAAGGAAAAGACACUUUCAACUUUGACUCCGUUAUUGGGAUGUCAGUACUAAUGGUGACACUAAUUAUAAUGCUCUUUUGGGGCAAGUUUUGUGCCAUUCUUUGUACGUCUGCAUGGUUUUAUUUUCUCCCUAGAUUUCGAGCCAAGAAUGAAGCUGAACAAAAUGAUGGCAACCUUGAUGUAUUGAACUCCAACGAAUACAAGAAGAAGGUGGUGUUGAAUGGAUUUCUUGAGAGAGACCAUAGAAAUGGUCUUGGAUUCUAAUGGUUUUUUAUUUUUUAUUGCUUUCUUUUUGUGGGGAAUGUAAGUAUUUUUUUUUUCCUUUUCAAAUAGAGUACCCUUUUGUUUCCUUUUUUCUUUUUUGGGUGGAAGAUAACAGUGGCAAGGAAUUGGAAAGGAAAAGAAGAGGUAAAAAGCGUCAAGAAUAGGAGAACCACUUUUUUUCCUUUCAAAGGCAUUUUGUGUAUAUUUUUGCCGUUGAAGGGCAUGUUGAAACAUGUGAAAAGAGGGGGUAGAUUGUCCUAAAAGUUUAUCUCGUUUCAGCUAUCUAUUUUUAAUUAUGUAACACCUAUUUUCAAUUUUCAAGUUAUUUAAACCAUAAUGAUAUAGGAAAAUUUCAACCG